AUGUCAAAUUCCAAAUGUGCAUUAGAAAGUGACAAACUAAAAACACGUACCGAUUACAAUUUACAAUUUAAUCGAUGGCUUUUGAAACCAAUCGGUGCGUGGCCACAAAUAAAUGUAUCGAGUUCAUUAUGCAAAAUCAUGAUAUUACUACAAAUUUUCAUUUGUUCAAGCAUAAUAGCAGUCACAACGAUACCAUGUUUAUUGUAUGUAUUAUUUGAGGCACAAAAUAUCAAGCAAAAAUUGCAUGCCGUGGGGCCACUAAUCAACAGAUCUGUGAGCUCGAUACAUUACUGGGUGUUGCUGAAGCGUAGUGAUGACAUUCAAAUAUUAAUACGACAUAUGGAGACAGACUGGAAUCUUAUGCAAAGGAUCGAUGAACGAGAAGUGAUGCUGCAGCAUGCCAAAUUCGGCCGUUUCAUUACUAUAAUUUGCGGAAUAAUGAUGCAAAGUGGUUGUCUAUUUGUCGGCUUCGGACAAUCGAUGAAAACUGCAACUAUCAUCAUCGGCAACGAGACUUUUACAACACAUCUGAUGACGUGUCCAAUUUACAACAAAGUCAUCGACACAAGAUUUACUCCUGUGAACGAAAUCGCGUUAGUUUUCCAAAACUUGGUACUAUUAGUAAUAAGUUUCUGUAAUGCCGGUGGUUGCAGUUUGGCUGCUGUCUUCGCGAUACAUGCUUGUGGUCAGUUAAACGUGCUAUACGCGUGGCUGCAUGAAUUAAUUAAAAAUAAAGCAAAGGAAAAUGGUAAAACUGAAAGAAAUCUGGCUACUAUUGUAGAACGCCAUCUAAGAAUAUUGAGUUUUAUAUCACAACUGGAAAGUAUUAUGCAUAAAGUCGCUCUUGUGGAAUUAGUUGGAAGCGCGAUAACCAUAUGCAUGCUUGGAUAUUACAUUAUUACGGCUUGGGAAACGUUCGAUGUAACAAAAAUAAUAUCUUAUGGCAUAUUGUAUUUAUCAUUGUGUUUCAAUAUCUUUAUAUUUUGCUACAUCGGAGAGAUUAUCACAGAGCAGUGUAAACUGGUCGGGGAAAUGACAUAUAUGACUGACUGGUACAAUCUACAUCACAAAACUGCACGCGGUCUCAUUCUGAUUAUCGCCCGAUCGAAUGAUGUAAUUAAGUUUACAGCAGGAAAAUUAUUCCAUUUAUCUAUCACAACUUUUGGUGAUAUAAUUAAAACUUCUAUGGUAUAUUUAAAUUUCUUACGAACAAUGACUAUGUAA